AAGAACCCUGUUCAGAAAUGAGUCAAGUUAAUGUUUGGACACCGUUGCACAAAGUGUUUUAAAACUGCCCUGACCAUCUUGCCAAAUGAGUCUCUGCUCAUGAGACCCAACAAGAUGAACCAGCCAAGGAGGGAUAGUGUCCUGCCCUGUAUGAACAGUGACUGCUGACGUCUGAGAGCAAGCUGGGGGUACUGAAUGUUGUCUGCCAGUACCAUGAAGGAAGUGGUUUAUUGGUCACCCAAGAAGGUGGCAGACUGGCUGCUGGAGAAUGCUAUGCCAGAAUACUGUGAACCUCUAGAGCAUUUCACAGGCCAGGACUUGAUCAACCUAACCCCAGAGGAUUUCAGAAAACCCCCACUGUGCCGAGUCUCGUCUGACAAUGGUCAGCGGCUCUUAGACAUGAUAGAGACCCUAAAGAUGGAGCACCAUAUGGAAGCACACAAGAAUGGCCACGCCAAUGGGCACCUCAGCGUUGGCGUUGACAUUCCCAACCCCGAUGGCAGCUUCAGCAUCAAGAUUAAACCCAACGGAAUGCCAAAUGGGUAUAGGAAAGAAAUGAUAAAGAUCCCCAUGCCAGAACUGGAGCGCUCCCAGUACCCCAUGGAGUGGGGCAAGACUUUUCUGGCCUUUCUUUAUGCACUUUCCUGUUUUGUUCUCACUACAGUGAUGAUCUCAGUCGUCCAUGAACGAGUGCCUCCUAAGGAGGUGCAGCCUCCACUGCCGGACACAUUUUUUGACCAUUUUAACCGGGUGCAGUGGGCCUUUUCUAUUUGCGAAAUUAACGGCAUGAUCCUUGUAGGACUCUGGUUAAUUCAGUGGCUGCUCUUAAAAUACAAAAUUGGACUUUCAAGCCACUGACUAGGAAAAAUUCCCGGGAAAUCUCUGCCUUUGUGUCAGACUU